AAAUCGCACAGAGCUCGGCAAGCCGGGUCGAAGGCGAACAAGAAGAAGGCGAAGAAAGAGAGGAGGGAAGGGAAGACGCUAGCUAAGGGUCAGAACCCAAGGGCCUUCGGAAGAUCAUCUGCUGGUAUCACCGCGCGCAUCCAACAAGCAAGGAAGGCCGAGAUUCAUGAGAGGAAGCUGCAUGUGCCGCUCACCGACCGCUCCUACCUUGCCGAAGAUCCGCCACCUAUCGUGGUGGCUGUCGUGGGACCUCCCAAGGUUGGCAAGACGACUUUGAUCCGAUCGCUGGUGAAGCACUACACGAGGCACAACCUCAACCAGGUUCUCGGCCCCAUCACGCUAGUGUCCGGCAAGAAUAGGAGGCUGACCAUCGUCGAGUGCGCCAACGACCUCGCCUCCAUGAUGGACGUUGGAAAGUCAGCGGACCUGAUCCUCCUUAUGGUGGACGGGAGCUUCGGGUUUGAGAUGGAGACUUUCGAGUUCCUCAACAUCCUGCAAGCUCAUGGGUUCCCCAAGAUCCUUGGCAUCCUGACGCACCUCGAUCACUUCAGAGACAACAAGAAGCUGAGGAAGACGAAGAAGCGCAUGAAGUCGCGCUUCUGGACGGAGGUGCAUGACGGGGCCAAGUUGUUCUACUUCAGCGGGCUGGAGAAGAGCGGGAGGUACCCCAAGACAGAAGUUCACAACCUAGCAAGGUUCAUCUCUGUCGCCAAGUUCCGCCCUCUCAUCUGGAGAAACCAUCACCCGUACGUGAUCGCGGACAGGUUCGAGGAAGUGACGGACCCGGAGAGGGUCCGGCAAGAUCCGCGCUGUGACCGGACCAUGUACCUGUACGGCUACUGCAGGGGAACCUACCUCAAGCCCUCCCAGCGCGUCCACGUCCCCGGGGUCGGCGACUUCAGCCUGGAGGCAGUGACGCAGCUCGAGGACCCCUGCCCCCUGCCCACCAAGAACGGGGAGAAGAAGAGGAGGACGCUGAAGACUGCGGAGCGGAGCAUCUAUGCUCCCAUGUCGGACGUGUCCGGGAUCCUGUUCGACAAAGACGCUACCUACAUUGAGAUCCCGGACAAGCACGUGGCUCAGCACAGUGCCGAGCAUAGCGAGGGAGUGCAGAUGGUGAGGAGGCUACAAGACGCGGAGAAGACGGUGGACGAGAGGCUGGGGGAGGCGACGCUGCAGCUGUUCGAGGGGAGCAAGAAGAUCACAAUCCAGGGAGUGACUUUUGCACAGGUGAAACAGGACAAGGAUGCUAUGGAGGACGAAGAUGAGGACGAGGACGAGGACGAGGACGAAGAUGAGGACGAGGAGCAAGGCGAGGAAGAGGAAGAGAACGAAGAAGACCAAGACGAAGAGGAGGACGAAGAGGAGGAGGAUGAAGAAAGAUUCCAAGGGAGGAUGAGAAGGAAGGCUGUGUUCCUGGAUGAGGAGGAGGAAGACGAUGACGACGACGACGAGGAAGGAACAGACGAGGAGGACAUGAGCGAGGAGGAGGAGAAGCUCAGGAACGAGCAGGCCGAGGACGAGGAGGGAGAGGGGGAUGAGGGAGAAGGGGAGGGAGAGGAGGAGGAGGAGGAGGAGGAGGCUCACUCCAAGUGGAAAGCUGUGUUGGGGAAGCGCUGGCUGAUGAACGCAAGGGUGAAUAUCGAGGCGCUUGUGUAUGGGAAGAAGGGGAAGAGAAAGGAAAAGAAGGAGGAGAAAGCUCGGGGGGGAGAGGAGGAGGAGGGAUCGGACGAAGAUUUCUUCAAGCCCGUCAAGGGAGGGAGGAAAGCUCGAGGGAGGGAGGAGGAGGAGGAAGAGGGAGAGGAGGAGGAACUGGACGAGGACGAGGAGGACUUGACCAAGUUCAACCACGAUGAGGAGGAGCUCGCGUGCUGGGAGGACGCCAAGAGGAUCGCGGAGAUCAGGAGGAAGUUCGUCAACGACGAGACGGACGCGGCAACGGUGAAGGAGGCGUUCUACAAGGAGGAGGGGGGAAAGGAGGACGGGGAGGUGGCGUAUGGGGACUUCGAAGACCUUGAGACGGGGGAGGUGUUUGCGACGGGGAUGGGGGAGGUCCCGAUGAAUGUGGAUAGCGGGGAUGAGGAGGAGGGAGGCGGGAAGAAGAAGAAGAAGGGCGGGAAGGAUACAGUUGGGGCGGAGCUUGAUGCCCAGAAGAAGCUCAACUUGGAAGAGUUUGAGGAGGAGGACGCAGAGACGAGAAGGCAGUACGUUGGGUUCACCCCUGGAGCAUACGUGCGGGUGAAGCUGACGGGAGUCCCUUGCGAGUUUGUCCGGCACUUCGACCCCAGGAGGCUGAUGGUGGUCGGGGGGCUGACGGCGCAGGAGGAGAGGACGGGGAUGGUGCAGGUGAGGCUGAAGAAGCACAGGUGGUACAGGAGGGUGCUGAAGAACCAGGACCCCCUCAUCGUCUCGCUGGGGUGGAGGAGGUUCCAGACGAUGCCAACGUUCUCGCUCAAGCACGUGGCGGCGGGGGAGGACAGGAGCAGGAUGAUCAAGUACACUCCCGAGCACAUGCACUGCUUCGCCCAGAUGCUCGCUCCCCUCACCGCCCCCGGCACCGGUUUCGUCUGCUUCCAGUCGCUGUCGCAGGAGGCGGCCGGCUUCCGCAUCGCAGCGACGGGAGUGGUGACGGAGAUUGACGGAGGGGAGGGCAAGAUCGUAAAGAAGCUGAAGCUGGUGGGGGAGCCUAUGAAAGUUCACAAGAACACCUGCUUCGUGCGCAGGAUGUUCUCCUCCUCCCUCGAGGUCGCCAAGUUCGAAGGCGCGUCGAUCAGGACGGUCAGCGGGAUCAGGGGGCAGGUGAAGAAGGCUGUGAAGGGGGAGGAGGGAGUCUUCCGCGCCACGUUCGAGGACAAGGUGCUCAUGUCGGACAUCAUCUUUCUCCGCACGUGGGUGCAGGUCCACCCUCCUCGGUUCUACAACCCGGUGACGAACGCGCUGGGGAAGUUCGAGGGAGGGGGAGAGGAGGGCUGGAAGAGGAUGAGGACUGUGGGGGAGAUCAGGAGGGCGAAGAAGGAGCCGGUGCCGGUUAACAAGGACUCAUUGUACAAGCCGAUCGAGCGCAAGCCGCGGGUGUUCAACCCCCUCCGCAUCCCCAGGGGCCUGCAGCAGGAGCUGCCGUUCGCGUCGAAGCCCAAGGAGGAGAAGCAGAGGAGGAAGAAGCUCUACGUGCACAAGCGCGCGGUGGUGAUGGAGCCCGAGGAGAAGCGACUGCACGUGCUGAUGCACAAGAUCAACACCAUCCGCAACGACAAGACCAAGAAGAGGAAGGAGGCAGACGCUCGCAGCCGCGCAGAGCUCGCGAAGAAGCUCGAGAAGAAGAACGAGUCGCUGAACCAGUACCGCAAGGACGAGAAGAAGAAGCGCUUCCGAACGGAGGGGAAGGAGGCAGCCCGU